AUGAAUUUGUCGGGGAGGUUCUUCGUAAAGUCUAAUUAUAUAAGAGCAGCUAAGGAUGAAUGGGUUCUCUGUGACGUAAGGUUGUUGACAGAUGAUACCGACACAUUCUUGUGCAUCAAGUCAUUACCAUCUUCUAUAUUAUUAAAUGGCACUAACAACUACUCUGAAAGUGAUGACGGUAAGAUCCCUGAGAAAAGUCCAUAUCGCGUGGAAAAUUUUGCCACAAGACCAUUCACUGCUCUCUGUAACCUUAGUGAAUACAAAUCAUGUUCAAUGAGAACGGAGACCGUCAAUUCAAGCGCCUCUUUCGCUUUGAAGCUUGUUCCCUCAGGAGUUUUUGGAAACAAAAAGCUUCUCAUUGCUACUGAGGAUGAAAAUGAGAUCACUACAUGGCUGGCCAUUUGUAAAGCAUGCAUUGGUAAAAAGUCAAGGAAUGGCUCAUCGGCUCAAAGAGACUUGGCAUGUAAUAUGGGAACCUUGAGCAAAUCCGGAAGCUUCAUGUCACUCAAACCGAAUUCCCAGGCUUGUGAAAGCGAGUUUGAUGACGCUUUGAUGGAUAAUGAAGUUUAUGAGGCAUACUCAUCAGAGGAUAAAAUUCCUGCAGUUCUUGAAGAAGCUGGUGAUUGGGUAAAAUUACACUUGUGUCAACCAGACUGUUAUCUGCGUCUAACAACAGAUCGUCUAGAAGUUUUAGAUUUUUACAGUCAUAAACCUAUCCAUUGGUUUCCUUACCUGCUGAUACGUAGAUUUGGUGCAGCGAAUGGUGUUCUACGUGUUGAUGCUGGCCGACGAUGUUCUACUGGUGAUGGGAAAUUCUUUUUUCGAUGUAGUCCACCGAAUGGUCAACCAGUCGAUGCAUUAGUUACACAAAUACGUCAAUUAGCAUUGGAAGCUAAACAACGUACAAAGCGUAGUCAGAUGACGUCUAGCAAUUUAGAGUUGAAUGUCAACAAUAGCAAUAAUGCUAACAAUGGGGAUAUAAGCAGUGGUAAUCAUAUUAAAGGUACAUCAUUCUCUCAUACAACUGAAAACCACUUAGAUAAUGAUCAUAUGGACAGUAUUCAUGGAACACUACCACGUGCUAGAUCAAAACGAGCAAAAGUACCUGGUGAAUCUUCAGUACAUCGAUCGAGUUCGCAUAAUGUGAAUGGUGGUGGUAGCGGCAGUAGUACUGAGUGUAUUCCUCCUAAAGCCACUCCAGAACCAUCGGAUGACGCUGAUCCAAAUGCACUACCUUCUAAUGCUGAAGUAUUCAAGGCAACACCUUGUAAAGCACCUAAAAGCAGUCCAGAACCGGGGAAUGCAUCAAAUCUUUAUGAUAAUUUACCUCGUCCACCACGUCGUGGUUCACGUUUACCAGGAGCUGUUAAUGUCCUCCCGUUGCCAACACGCAGUCAUAAACAGAAAGAGUCUAAUCUUCAGACAAGCUCCUCAACAAAUGGCACAAUUGAUUCACGGAACUCUUCAGAUACGCUUGAUGACUUAGUAGAUCUAAACUCUAAACACAUUGGAUCCCCAACUUCUUCACCACGAGUAACAUCGACAACAACACCGCCUGCAGUUACACCGAUCACACCAUCGACAGUAUCGACUUCCGCAUUAACUCCAUCACCGAUCACUCCAUCAUCUGCAUUCAUGUUUUCUAGAUUGAGUUCUUCAUCCUCAACAUCAGCAUCUUCAGCUUUGAAAAAUGAAAAAGUGGAAACUCCCAGUAUCCCACCGCAUUCUUCUAUCACCACGCUUAAUCAUAUCCCAUCGUAUAAUAAAAACCAUGAAACCAAUACAACUUCAUCUACAUCUUCAAUUAAUUUUAUAGAUAGUUCGGAAACAAAAUCAAGUGAAGCGUCUUCAUGUUCUCCUUCUCCGUCUCCUUUGACAGCAACAACUACAACAAUAACAGCAACACCGACUACACCGUCAUCGAAUUCUAUGGUCAAAUCAUUGAUACAAUCGUAUACGUCAAUAUCACAGAGUAAUUCAAAUCAAGUCAGUAAUGGAUAUCAUGAAAAUGGUAUGAAGAAUAGGUUGAAGCCUUCUUCACUGUCUGUUCCUACAACGAUAUCAUCAACAUCGUUGUCUUUGCAAUCACCAUCAUCCUUAUCAGCUUCCUUUGCAAUCAAUAAUAAUAAUACUAAUACUACUGGCAAUGAAUAUGAUAACAGUGCUGAGUCAAGAACAAGCAUUCACAACACCUCGAAUAAAUUGAUAAACUCUACUGGAAUAAUGCGGGUGCCCUUAUCGACAAAUACACAUUCAGCUGGCGGUCAUUCUGAAAACAACAACAACAACAAGCUGCAAGCAAAUUUUCCAAUUUCAACAAUUCAAAAAUUAGUUCAGCUUCUCUUUAUCUACGAGGACCUCAUCCAAAUACUACCAUUGUGA